AUGACUGUAGCUCCACUCGCUACGGUCGAAAGUCUUCCAGAAGCAGCGGCCAACGUAAACGGCGGAUGCUGUCGUCUUCUGCCCUAUCAGCUGCUGUUGAUCACUCGAAAUCCUGCUGGUUCCACCCUCCAGGCCGCAGGACCUAUGUCGCGGUCGCGCUUGAACGCCACUGAUCCUCGUCUGUUGCCGCUAAAGCCACCGGCGCGUCGUACGGUGAUUUCAAGCUCCCCUUGUCCUCGAACCAAGUGCCGGCGGAGCCGACGAGGCGAAUCCUCUGCCAUGGAAGAUCGGCUCCACCAGAGUCGCGGUUCAUUGCACACGUCUUCGGCCUCUCUGUCACGCUCGAUCUCCACAUCUCUCGGCGACGAAUCUGCUCAUCGUCUUUUCGAAGCUGGGCUGCGGGCACGGACACCAGUCAUGCCUAAGACUGGUCUCCGGCGCAUCUCACGUUCGGCUGAGUCACUUGCUCUACAGCAUCAUAAACUUUUGGCCACCCUUCCAGCAUCCUCGCUGUCACCGUCUCCUCUUUCUGUCGAGUCUCGACCUCAGUUUCGGUCUCUGUCUCGGUCUCGGUCUCGCUCGCAGUCCCUUUCAAUUUCACUGCCCGACUAUUCGCACUGUCUCUCCUCCGCGUCGGGAUCGAGUCCGCUUCCGCCUGCCCUUGUGAUCAAGCAUCUGCCCGAUUCACCUGCUACCUCUCGACACUCAAUUACCAAGUGA